AUGGUGUACAAGAUUGACAAACGCCGGGUAUACUCCGGGAACACGCUCAGGGCGUCUAAUUCAAGAUAUAAUCGUCAGUACAGACGACAUUCAUGCCUGGUACGACACUCACAGAACGUUACCAAGGUUACUGGUAUCUUUAAGGAACUUGGACUGGACAGGGACGGUGUUGUGUAUUCUUUUAAUAAAAAAGGGAGAUGGCUGUUACCACAGAUCCUAAAACAGGAAAUCCUAAUGGAUAGCAAAGAACUCGGCGACGUCAAAGUGGAGUUAAUCGAGUCUCAUAAGUUAAAGAAGCAAGGGACAUGCACCGGAUUUCUGUCUAACAAAGGGUGCGUUCGAAGGGUAAUGCCAAAGAAAACAUACUUCAAUGCCGCAAGUUUACAAGGUCGAAAAACGGAAGAAGCUACUUCUAGUACAACACCUCAUUUGAAAAUGAAUGUUUUGUAUCCAUGUCCGGCGACAAGUUCCAUAGCCCACAAUCCCAAGUACAUCCGGUUUGAAGAUAAGCCUACUGAUGACUUGGAGCAAGAUGGUAAUGACAGACCACAAGAAAGUAAUCCAAUUAAAAGCAAAUCAAGGAAACAAAGAAGGAAAAAUGGAACAAAACAAUGGGUCGACAACUAUUUGGAUGACUUAGAGCAGGAAGAAAACCAUGAUGAUGAUGAAGAUGAUGAUGAUGGUGAUGAAUUAGACUCAAAUGAAAACGUCCGUGAUCUACCCCUUUCAGUAUCUGUCGAGGAUAUCUUGAUUCAUUCCAGCAGGAUGCAAGACAUAUUAUCUGGAGGAGCAAAGGUGCCGAAAUAUCAAGUGACCAGGCGAGAAACAAAAGACAGAAUCGUAUAUUUGAAUAGACAAGAAGAAAAAGUGAAGGAAAAAGAGGUAGAUAUAAAGAAGGCGGAUGUGACGUCAGGGGAAGAAACGAUUCAUUCGAUGGAAUAUGUCCGCGUUAAUAUCCCUACCAAUGAGGUUGCUAUAGAAACACUUAAACAAACAUUUGGUGAUGACUACAGUGAGUGCCGUUGCUCACCAAGAAAAUUUGUCAUCGACAUCACCAAAAAAGUACAGAAUACUGUCCUAAAGUCGAAAGCUUUCCGUGAUGUCGAUGUAUUUAGUUUGGACCUUUCCUCAGCUUUGAUAUUUGUCUACGACAUAUAUGGCAGUUUAGAUAACACCGAUGCUGAUGUGUUCAAAAUUUGUCUCAAUAUGAUGACGAGAAAAUCAUCUACCAGAAUCAACACCUUUCCGGAAGGUAGCGUAUGUAGUGUAGAGGAUAUUGUCAACAAAGCUGUAUCAUAUACAGAAACUAUUCCGUGUGAUGAAUUUGUACACAGAGAUUCGCUACUGCCAUAUGCAAGACAGCCUCACACAGAAUUUGAGAUACUAGCGGAAAGCAGAGGAACAAAAGUCCAGUCGAUCAAUCCAAUUCACCAUCGUAUAACGGUGAAAGAUCUUCUUCAGAGCCCAGAAAAAGAUCUAGAUCAAAAUGAGUCUCUGGUUGCGCCGGAUUUGGAGUUGCUUCCUCCAGACACUUGCUCCAUUUGCUGUGAAGCUAUUGAGGAGAGUUCGGCCACUGCUCUCCAGAUCUGUGGACACUGGUUCUGUGACCGAUGCUGGGCUGACCAUCUGCUCUCGGUUACGAAUAGUGGAUCAGGGCAAAUUACGUGCCCAGAAUACAAGUGCCGAUCUGCUGUUGAUUAUAACAUUUUACUUACCACAUCAAACAUAAAAAUAGUGCAAAAGGUUUUUCAACGAAGAUUAGCAAUUGACCUUGAAAUUGAACCUGACUCAAAAUGGUGCCCAAACAAGCAUUGUGGACGUUCCAUUAAAUGUGAAAGGAAUACUGUAGGGAAACAAGCCACUUUCACCUGUUUGUGUGGAACCAGUGCUUGCUUUGACUGUUUGAAGCAGGCACAUUGGCCAUUAGCAUGUGAGGACUUUGCCUCUUAUUCGAAUGCACUUCGAAAAUUUGGAGAUGACGAAGAACCAGGUGAAGAUUACAUCCGUUUUGCACAAGGAAAGGAGUGUCCGAGAUGCAAACAGUUCUUGGAAAAGAAUGGCGGUAGUUCUUACAUGAGAUGCGUCUGUGGCUGUUAUUUCUGCUGGGGUUGUGGUAAAGACUUCCAGAACCACGUUUUCAGAACAAUCUGCACGCGAAUAGGUAAACAAAGAAAAGGCGAAUUAUAUAAAACCAAAAAGAGGGCACUUAGUGUAACUCAAAGUUCCCCUAAUGACCAUACGGGAUAUGAAAAAGCAGUGUAUUACAGAAACCUUCGUCGUUCGGAAAAUGUUAAAACCUUGUCGUCUGCUGUACACAAGAUGUCGACUUCACUAAGAAUGCUCCAUCGACGUCUUGGUAACCGCGUUGGUGGGGAGUUAGUGGACUUCACAACGUCAAAACUGACGGACAAGAUGGCAGUGGCGGACAAGAUUAAGCCGUUUCUGAACAGCAUAAUAGGGGUUUAUCUGGAAAUAAGUCACAUCUGCGAGGUGUCUACAGUAUACCUCAAUACAUCAGACAAUCUAGACAGUAUGAGUAGAUCGUCAAGACAUGCGGUAAUCCGGACAAGAGAUCGCUUGGAAAUGAUCGGCAACGAUAUAUCACACGUGUUCCAGUCUUCUAACAAACAAAACAUGAAAGAAAAUAUUACACAUCUUUGGACUCUCCGAUUCCAAUGUAAAAAGGCAGUUGACAGUCUGGUUAAGCUGCUGAAGUGCUGA